AUGCCGGUGGGGAUGAAUAAUACGAAUAAUGUGCUAAUCCCAAAAAAGAAGAACCCUGAGCAAAUGAGUGAGCUGCGCCCAAUUUCUCUCUGCAAUGUCAUUGCCAAAGUUAUUACUAAGGUUCUUGCUAACAGAAUGAAGGGAUUACUGUCUGAGGUUAUCUCCAAACAUCAAAGUGCUUUUAUCCCUGGCAGGUUAAUUACGGAUAAUAUUAUGGUCUCUUUCGAAAUUCUACAUUAUCUUCAGCGGAAGCAGGUGGGCAAGGAUGGUUUUAUGGCGUUGAAAUUGGAUUUAAGUAAAGCUUAUGAUAGAGUGGAUUGGCAUUUCUUGUGUGCUAUGCUUGCUCGGUUGGGAUUCGCUGAUAAGUGGAUUCGGCUUAUUUUUGGAUGCUUGUCCUCGGUGCAGUACCAGAUUGUGAGUAGUGGCCGAACUAUGGGUCCUAUUGUGCCUAGUAGAGGCCUUCGAUAUGGAGACCCUAUAUCACCUUAUCUUUUUUUGGUAUGUGUCGAAGCUUUUCCUGCUCUUACUCGCAAGUUUGAAGAGAGGAAGUGGCUGCAUGGUUGUAAAGUGGCUAAUGGAGCGCCUAGUGUCUCUCAUAUGCUCUUUGCAGAUGACAGCUUUCUGUAUUGUAAGGCGACCAAUGGCGAGAUGAAUCGGGUUCUUCAGUUGCUUAGGAUGUUUGCUAUUGCAACGGGACAACGUGUUAAUUUUGGGAAGUCUUCGUCCUUUUUUAGAACUAAUACUUCAGUUGAUUUGCGGCGGGCCAUUUGUGACAUUGAGCGAGCUAUUACCAAGUUUUGGUGGAGGUCGAACAAGAAUAAGGGCAUCCACUGGCUAAGCUGGGACCAGCUUACGAAACCCAAAAGCAAUGGUGGUAUGGGAUUUUGUGAUUUAAGGGACUUAAACUUAGCUCUACUGGAUAAGCAAGGAUGGAGGCUUUUGACUUGUGGGGAUAGUUCGAUGGGGCAAAUUUACAAAGCUAGAUACUUUUCGUCAGGGUCUUUUCUUACAUCGACCUUGGGGAGUAAUCCUAGUUAUAUUUGGCAGAGUGUGUUUGAGGCUAAGGAGUUAGUUCGGGCUGGGGUUCGGCGGUCUUGUGGGGAAGUAUUGGCUGAGAUGCUCACUGCUAGAGAUCGAGCUUUGGUGUGGAAGAUUCCGCUCAGUAGUCAUAUGAGUACGGAUUUGCGGUACUGGUUACAUGAUGCAUCAGGAGUUUUCACUGUUAGGAGUGCAUAUUCUCUGCUUCAAUCGAUGAAAACCAGCAGAGAUAUUCCAGAUAACUCUGGAAUUUGGCGGCUCUUAUGGCAGUUGCAGCUCCCUCCAAAGGUUCUUAAUUUUCUAUGGAGAGCUUCUACCAAUAGUCUCCCUACUCGGUUGAAUCUUUCCACAAAGCAUGUUCCAAUUGCUGUAAUGUGUUCGUUCUGCCUUGCUACCCCUGAGACGACUAUGCAUGUGCUGGCGCAGUGUUCUUUUGCUAAAAGUUUCUGGAGCAAGGUUCCAAUCUGUAGUGGCGCCUGA